AUUUUGAAAUCCUAACGGAAGUGGAAGUAUCCUUUCGGCGCAGCUAGUCAGAAGGGUUGCACCCUUCCCGUGAGAUUAGGUCCUUCUCCUGCCUCCUUAAACCGCCUUCGCUGCCGAACAAACGUCAUUUUCGGGCUUCAGUCUCAACGACUGUGCCCACGCGCGCGCCUUCGUUCGCCCGUCCGUCUGCUCCGGCGGACGUCCGUUUCUUCCUCGGAGUGUCUUGAACAGAAACCAUACGGAGCUGCGCGUGCCUGCGUGUGCAUCAGGCUACUUCUCUCUGGGCGGAUAAAGCGGAGGAGGAGGACAUUCGGGCCUGGAAUCUCCGCAGAAUCUGCUGGAAACGACGGACUUCACCGUUUUCAGGCCAUCACCACCGGGUUAUGGAGAAGAUGAAGAGGAUAAAGAAGCGCCUGUCGUUAACGCUGCGCCCCAGCCAGACCAUCGACGAGUCUCUAUCCGAGCUGGCGGAACAGAUGACCAUAGAGGAUGGGGGCACCAAGGACAACGAGCCUUUCAUGAGGAACGGCCGCCCCCCCACCUCCCACAGCAUGCACUCCUUUCUGCACCAGUACACCGGCUCCUUCAAGAAGCCGCCCCUGCGCCGGCCGCACAGCGUCAUCGGCGGCACGCUCGGCUCCUUCAUGGCCAUGCCGCGUAACGGCAGCCGUCUAGACAUUGUUCAUGAGAACCUGAAGAUGGGCUCUGACGGGGAGAGCGACCAAGCCUCCGGAACGUCCUCAGACGAGGUUCAGUCUCCAACCGGUGUCUGCCUGAGGAACCGGGUCCACCGACGGAUCUCCAUGGAGGACCUGAACAAGCGUCUGUCCCUGCCCGCCGACAUCCGGAUCCCCGACGGUUACCUGGAGAAGUUGCAGCUCAGCAGCCCGCCCUUCGACCAGCCGCUCAGCCGGCGCUCCCGCCGAGCCUCGCUGUCGGAGAUCGGCUUCGGGAAGCUGGAGACUUACAUCAAACUGGACAAACUGGGAGAGGGAACAUACGCUACCGUGUUCAAGGGGCGCAGCAAGCUAACGGACAACCUGGUGGCGCUGAAGGAGAUCCGGCUGGAGCACGAGGAGGGGGCGCCAUGCACCGCCAUCAGAGAAGUGUCGCUGCUGAAGGACCUGAAGCACGCCAACAUCGUGACGCUACACGACAUCGUCCACACCGACAAGAGCCUCACGCUGGUCUUCGAGUACCUGGAUAAAGAUCUGAAGCAGUACAUGGACGACUGUGGGAACAUCAUGAGCAUGCACAACGUGAAGGUCUUCCUCUUCCAGAUUCUGCGAGGUCUGUCUUAUUGCCACCGGAGGAAAGUUCUGCACAGAGACCUGAAGCCUCAGAACCUCCUCAUCAAUGAGAAGGGGGAGCUCAAACUGGCUGAUUUCGGUCUGGCGAGGGCCAAGUCGGUUCCUACAAAGACCUACUCCAAUGAAGUGGUGACUCUGUGGUACCGGCCCCCGGACGUCCUGCUGGGAUCCUCGGAAUACUCCACACAGAUCGACAUGUGGGGCGUCGGUUGUAUAUUUUACGAGAUGGCUGCAGGUCGGCCUUUGUUCCCCGGCUCCACCGUGGAGGACGAGCUCCACCUCAUUUUCAGGCUACUGGGCACGCCCACCGAGGAGAAGUGGCCGGGAAUCUCCUCCAUCGAAGAGUUCAAGUCCUACAACUUCCCCAAAUACAAACCUCAGCCGUUGAUCAACCACGCCCCCAGGCUGGACAGUGAAGGCAUUGAGCUGCUGCUGUCGUUCCUCAAAUACGAGUCCAAGGCGAGGAUUUCAGCCGACGAGGCCAUGAAACAUUCCUACUUCAGGCAGCUCGGGGCGAGGGUCCACACGCUGCCCGAGAGUGUGUCAAUAUUCACGUUGAAGGAGGUGCAGCUGCAGAGAGACCCCGGAUACAGGAACUCCUCCUACCCAGAGUCAGCUAACAACAAGGUGAACAGAAGGCAGAGCAUGCUGUUCUAGUUUCCUGAAGAGGAUGCGCCCGCACCGCCUCGCAUGAGCCCACCUCCCUCUCAGUGACCAGCCCUCACAUGCACAGUCACAUGCACACACCCGUCUGAGCGCGUGGCAGACCUGUCUGAAGACUGAGUAUUUAUUAGGGGGGGGUCAUUUGUUUUUAUUUUGCUGCUAAACUACUGUCUGUAACACUCGGUGUGUGUGGGUGAACAUGAUGUGAAGCAGAGACGGCGUGCACGCUCCGUCUCUGAUCCUCCAGCUUCCUGUCACUGCGAUUCGACUGACGUUUGAGCCCGAGCAGCGACUCCGGGUCGCUGUCCUCCUGGGUCAGAGUUUCUGUGAAUCCACUUUCCAGGUUUAGUGGCUUUCUCGGGUUGGGAGGGAGGAGGAGGGGGGCUCUGGAGGGUCAGUCAUCCUCUCUCCUAAAACAUGUCAGAUGUGUUGCUGAAGCUGAGGAGGUCCACCUCAUCACCCCAAACGUGUUCUUCGCGUGGCUGAAAAUGGGACCAGAACUGAUGAGGAGGAGACCGGAGGAGAACACAGGGGAACGAUGAGGAACGUCGGAGCUCCAGGAGAAGCCUGGAAGCUUCACGAAUGCCCACGAAACUGCCAGGACUUGAUUACGAUAAAGAGAGACGGAGUCAGACGUGAGUUUGCUUCAGUGUUCUCAGAGAGGAGAUCUUCGUUUGCACUCCAGCGUGUUUCCUCCUCCUCCUCCUUUUUUUGUGAAUCAGGGACACGGGUUUGGACCGGGCCGAGUUUACCCAACAGUAUUAAAAUGUGAGCUUUGUUUCUGUGACCUUUGACCUCUCCUUGUGCCAUGUCCCUCAGAAGUGGAACCACAGGGAGGGGAAGGGUUCGUUUGGUUAGAUUUGGUGCUGGGCUUUGACUGUAUAUGAGAACUGGACUGAGUGACUCCUCCCCCCCGGCGUUCCAAACAGGAAGUACAUGCUGGUUCCAAGAAUAGAGAAAUAGCCAUUACUCAGUCAUUCUGUAAGAAGAACCAAUCUUGAUCUGAUACAUUUUCUAACAUCUUGAUAAUCAAGGCCUCCAAACGUUUGAUUGACAGAUAUCAUGAGGCCCUCUCUUAAGUUGUGGGGGUGUGGCUUUCCAACAAGCUCACUCCUGAUUGGUGAGAGUGGUUCCCAUAGAACCAUAAACUCAGGCCAUUCACUGCUUACUGAAGACGUCUGUUUUCAACAUGGGGACGUCUGUUUUGUGACAUCACACUCUCCAGUUCCAGUUCUCCUGUACAGUCAGUGGUUCCGCUUCACUGGCACUCCAGGAUUUAUGUAUGAAAAAGAAAAAAAAAAAA